GUUACAACGACCCGAGAAGCGGGAGCAUGACGUCAGCAGCUUCCUGCUUCCUUAAGUCGCGAGCCUGAGUCCAGAAUCCGGUUCGGGUGCCUGCUGCAGUAUGGACCGUCCGCUUCGGAGGCCACCGACGCUCUGAUUCGGUUCUGCUGUUAAUGCUGACUGAUGGGACCAUCAAGGACAUGGUUUCUGCAGGCGUACUGCCAGGUCAGCAGAGACCCUGGUCCUGAUCCAGACAGGGAGACGUGCUGGGCCGAGCUUUUUGACCAACUUGACACCAACAAAGAUGGAAGGAUUGAUAUCGGUGAACUGCGGGCCGGCCUGGCGGGUCGAGGACUGUCCCAGCGCUCUGUGGAGAAGAUGGUGGAGGCUGGAGACACCAACCAUGAUGGAGUUCUAGACUUUGAAGAGUUCACUCAGUAUCUUCGAAAUCACGAAAAACAGCUCAGAAUAAUGUUCCGCAGAUUGGACAAGAACAAUGAUGGUGAGAUUGAUGCCUCAGAGAUUCAAGACUCUCUACGAAGCAUUGGGGUGAAUGUCAGCCUGCAGGAUGCCACCAGGAUUUUACAGAGUAUGGACAAGGACGGAACCAUGACUGUUGACUGGAACGAGUGGCGAGACUACUUCCUGUUUAACCCUCUAUCUAACAUGGAAGAUGUGGCACAUUACUGGAAGCGCUCCAUGAUGCUGGAUAUCGGCGAGCAGCUGACGGUGCCCGAUGACUUUUCAGAGGAGGAGAAGACGUCUGGCUACGUGUGGCGGCAGUUGAUGGCAGGAGCUGUGGCCGGAUCAGUAUCGCGUACUGGAUCUGCUCCUUUGGAUCGCCUGAAAGUCUUCCGUCAGGUACACGGCUCAUCUGCUUUUACAGGAAACGUGCUGACCGGUCUUCAGUUCAUGGUCACAGAAGGAGGACUGCGCUCACUGUGGAGGGGCAACGGAAUCAAUGUGCUCAAAAUCGCUCCAGAGACUGCAGUCAAAUUCACAGCUUAUGAACAGAUCAAACAUGUGAUGCGCAGCAGUAAUGAAAGCAGAAAUCUGAGGCUUCACGAGAGGUUUAUCGCAGGCUCUUUGGCCGGAGCCACAGCUCAGACUGCUGUCUACCCCAUGGAGGUGCUGAAAACCCGUCUCACGCUGAGAAAGACAGGACAGUUCAGUGGAAUCAUAGACUGUGCAAAGCAGAUGCUGCAGCGAGAAGGAAUCGCGGCCUUCUACAAGGGCUACGUGCCCAACAUGCUGAGCAUUGUCCCUUACGCUGGUAUCGACCUGGCGGUCUAUGAGACGCUGAAGUUUGCCUGGCUUAACAGGAACAGGGGUUUAGCUGAUCCAGGGGUCACAGUGCUGGUUGGUUGUGGCGCCGUCUCCAGUACGUGUGGACAGUUGGCGAGCUACCCGCUGGCACUGAUCCGCACCCGCAUGCAAGCACAAGUUUCAGCAGAUCAAGUGUCCAUGGUGGCUUUGUUUCGCAGCAUCAUAUCUAAGGAGGGGAUCGCUGGACUUUAUCGGGGGAUUUCUCCCAACUUGCUGAAAGUGGUCCCAGCCGUCAGCAUUUCCUACGUCGUCUAUGAAUACACGAGGAUGAUGCUUGGUGUGGACAUGGAGGGUAGGAGAGGAGGGAGGGGGAAGGCUUAGCGGCACGGUGUGAUGUUUGGGUGUGUGCACGUUGACAGUGCGUGAGGAGGUGGACCGAGGCCGGACACGUUAUCGCACUAUCGUGCUGUCAACAUUUGAUGAAUGUUCCAGAAUAGAAGCCUGGUGUGGAUGCAGUGAGACGGCUUUCAGUGCAUGGCCCAGUGUCAACAAUAACCAGGUAGCUUCCAGCGACUGCAUGAACCCGCCUUAUCGUUUUCACAAUCCCCAAAGCCAAAGCGCAUCAGUCUUUCUCCCGUGCAUCAUCAGGUGAACUAUAGAGGAGGCGGGGCAAUAAGACAGCGACGCGAGCGCUGAGUCGACAUAAACCUCUGUUGUCGUCUGCACUGAGGAGACGUGAAGUUACCAGAAGACGUCCUUCUGCUUGCCAACGUUACUGCUGUGGAACUGACGUGUCGAGUUUUUUGUUGUAUUACUUUUGAAAAUGCAACAGCAACUCUGUUUGUGUAUUAAUAUUUAUUACACAAUUUACAAU